GGUCUGGCGAACCUGGCGUGGUGGCUGGGCUGGUGCCUGCGGAACAGCCGGAGGCUGCCGCACGCACGCAAGUGCGCAGCCGUGGUGCUGCUGCUGCAGGGGCUGUCCCUGCUCGAGCUGCUGGACUUCCCGCCCCUCUUCUGGGUCCUGGAUGCCCACGCCAUCUGGCACAUCAGCACCAUCCCCCUGCACGUCCUCUUCUUCAGCUUCCUGGAGGAUGACAGCCUGUACCUGCUGAGGGUGUCGGAAGCCAAGUCCAAGCUUCACUGAGGACCCUGGUGGGCGCCACCUUCCCCGGGAUGAUGGGUCUUAGCUGUUUAGCUUUUUUAUUUUGUUUUUUGAGACAGGGUCUUGCUUUGUAGUCCAGGCUGGCCUUGAAUUUACAGCAAACCUCCCACCUCAGCCUCCUGAGGCUUUUUAGCUGGAACUCAGACUUCAGGGUGCAGGCGCAGGCUCAUGCAGCCACCCACCCUUCACCGUUCACAGGGACCAUGGCCUCCCAGUCUGGGGCCAGGGCAGCUGAGCUGUUCUAGGGAAGAGAGCAUGAAGCACUGCCUCUGCCUCCCCGUGAGGCCUCUCCUGAGCCCCGCACCCUGUUCUGUAGGUGGGGUCUCCUUAGGCCACCUCACCCUCCCACAAGGUGCCACCAGGUGGCGCUAGAUGCCUGCUCUACGUGUGUGUGUGUGUGUGUGUGCGUGCGUGCGCGCGCGCGCGCACCUGGGAUGAUCGAACUCUGGCCCUUGUGCUGGGCGAGUCAGGUGAAGGAACUACUGAGCUAAAUCCCCGGGCCUGCCAUACCCAUUUUGAAGGCCGGAUUUUCCCCCUAGAGUCGAAGGGAACACACAGCUGGGAUGUGGCCUGGGGAGGUGUAGAGCCUCACCUCACCCCCUUCAGGGAGGGACCCUGGGCCAAGGCAGUGCAGGGGUGAUGGAGGGAGUUCUGCUCCAGGUGGGGGCUUGGCUUGGGCCCUGGCGCACAGUGUAGACAGGGGUGCGUAGGUGUAGGGGCAGGAGGGGAGCUGCACAGAUUGUGUGCAAGUGUGAGGUGAGUGUGACAGCAAGUGUGUGCCAUGAGGCAGGGAGUCGAGCGGGACGGGCCCAGGCCAGGGUCGUAGGCCCCCGGAGCACCAUCCGUGCCCAUGGCCAUAGCCAGGCAGAGGCCAGGUGUGUACGGGGUCUGCACGUGUGUGCACAUCUGCCCAGUGUCCUUUUGCUGCCCCCUCAAACCUCACAGGACCCCACAUAACUUUUUUUAGACAGGGUCUUGCUAUGUAGUCAGGCUGGCCUUGAACUCACUGUGUAGCCCAAGCUGGUCU